ACCAUCUGAUAGACAUAUUGGAUCCAUUUGAAGGCUGGCCUGGCGUGUUCUGGUUGAAUUUUCUUUCUUAUGAGUUAUUGUAAAACAACAUAUAUGGAGUUGUUUGUUAUGAUAUCUCUUCUUUUUGCUAUUAGGUUUGUAUAUGGAAAACCAGAUGUUCCAAAAGCUUCUACAGAAAUUGCAGCUAAAGUGCAUGCAGAGAUAGCAGAUUUUGAGAGAGAUGGGGAGUUGGAUGCUGCUGUGGAAAUGGUGGUUAAGGCAGGAGAUCCAAAAGCUAGGUCAUUGCCUGUCAACAACUGGUAUCGAUUGCGUCACAGCCUUGAGAUAAUCAAGUCGACUGGAUCGCCUCCAUCUGCCUUUCACAUACCAUAUGAUUCUUUCAAGCAACAAUUUGAUUCAAGUGAAACAAAUGAUUCUCACAACUUGAACCCCUCUUGUGAUGUACCUGAGCAAGUUACCGCAAAGGAUUUGGACUAUGAGUUCAUUUGUUUUUUCCUCUCAUGCCCCAGACUUGAUCUGUAUAGAUUAAUUGACUUAAGGUGUGAAGAAAUGCUUACAGUAGGAACAGACGGGAUUUUGUCUGAAGCUAGAUGGCUUCUUGAUCUUGGGCUUAGUCCAAAUUCAAACUCAGCAACUCGAGCAAUUGGUUACAGACAUUUUGUUCUUGUCGCACCUCUUCUCUCAAAAUUUUCAAUUUGGUUGAAUCACGACACUAGGGGAGAUUUCUUCGAAGAUAAGCUCAGUCAAUUGAAGGAUUUGGAUAAACCGUAAGUCAUCAACUACAAAGAGUCCGAAAUUGAUUCAAGGUGGGAGUCCUAAAUUCUAAUGCAUAAAAGGUGUGAAUCUAGACUUGAAAAGGGGUAGAUGCACGAAGAACUAAGAAAUCCCAUUCCAAAUAGGAUUGGGUUGUUAUCUUAGCGAUUUGGAUUGGAUAUUAGAAGCAUAUUAGGAUUGGGUUUUCCUUGUUGUCUGUAAAAGGGGGCCUUUGGCUUUAGAGGGGGCAUUCAGAAAUUUGAGGGAGAAGGGGAAGAAAUCCGAGAGGCGGCAAAAAGAGUGGGAAGCAAAGGAAAGAAGAAAUCUUGUAUUUUAAAGUUUGCAACAAAUAAAUAAAUUGGUUUUUCUCCA